AUGAAUGGCGAGGAGCAGUACUACGCGGCCACGCAGCUGUACAAGGACCCUUGCGCGUUCCAGCGGGGCCCGGCGCCAGAGUUCAGCGCCAGCCCCCCUGCGUGCCUGUACAUGGGCCGCCAGCCCCCGCCGCCGCCGCCGCCGCCGCCUCCAUUCCCCGGCGCCCUGGGCGCGCUGGAGCAGGGAAGCCCCCCGGAUAUCUCCCCGUACGAGGUGCCCCCGCUCGCCGAUGACCCCGCGGUGGCGCACCUCCACCACCACCUCCCGGCUCAGCUCGCGCUCCCCCGCCCGCCGGCCGGGCCCUUCCCGGAUGGAGCUGAGCCCGGCGCCCUGGAGGAGCCCUGCCGCGUCCAGCUGCCCUUCCCGUGGAUGAAGUCUACCAAGGCUCACGCGUGGAAAGGCCAGUGGGCAGGCGGUGCCUACGCAGCGGAGCCGGAGGAGAACAAGCGGACGCGCACCGCUUACACUCGCGCGCAGCUGCUGGAGCUGGAGAAGGAGUUCCUGUUCAACAAAUACAUCUCCAGGCCGCGCCGGGUGGAGCUGGCCGUCAUGCUGAACUUGACCGAGAGACACAUCAAGAUCUGGUUCCAAAACCGCCGGAUGAAGUGGAAAAAGGAGGAGGACAAGAAGCGCAGCGGCGGGACCGUGGCCGUGGGCGGUAGGGACGCGGAGCCCGAGCAGGACUGCGCAGUGACCUCGGGCGAGGAGCUGCUGGCGCUGCCGCCCCCGCCGCCCCCCGGGGGUGCUGUGCCGCCCGCGGUCCCCGCCGCCGCCCGAGAGGGCCGCCUGCCGCCUGGCCUUAGCGCGUCGCCUCAGCCUUCCAGUGUGGCGCCUCUGCGACCGAAAGAAUCUCGGUGA